CAAAAUACGAAUUUUACUCUAUUUCAUUUUAUUUUUCUUAUUCUUUUUCUUUAUUGUAUAAUAUUUACUCUUCUAGCAUAAUCAAAUGGCUACUAAAGAUCUAUUGAACCAAAUUCGUGAUUUACAAUGUGCUAUUGACAGUUUUGUAGUUGAAAAUACCGUUAGUCUACCACAAACAUCUUCUACAGAGACAACAGUAUUCGAGGAUGAAAAAUGGGAAGAAUCUAGUCAAGAAAUACCUUAUGAAUCUGAUAGAAAUUCAUUUAAAGAAGAUAGAGCAAAAGAAGGGAAAACAUUAAUUGAACCAAUCCUGAAGAUGCCAAAACCUAUUUCUAUUUGUAAACUAAACUUAUCCGAUGACUUUUCUUCAUUAGUAAAUCAGUUUAAGACCUUAAAAGUAGUGCCUGAUCCAAUCAAAAAAGAAGAAGAGGUAAAACAGAAUAAUAGAACGGAUGAAAAGACAGAGGUGAAGAUACAAGAAAAAGAAAUGAUAAUAGUAUCAGAUCAACCAUCUCAGUUACCUAUCACUACUAUUAAAAGAAAAUUACCUACAAAAUUAGCAAGAAAUCGUGCUUCUUCCGUCUCUAGCAAACGUUCUCAAAAGUCAACAAAGAGUGUCAAGAGCCUGAAUAAAAAGAAACAACAAUUAAGUCCAUUAUAUCAACAACCACAAGAGAAAUAUAUACCUCGUAAUUAUAAUGAAAUGAUGCGUAUUCCAGAUAUAUAUGAAAGACUUUCAUUCUAUGAAACUACACUCGAUUUAUGUCUAAGAGAGGUUUCACCCAUUGCAAAAUGGAUUCAUGAAAAUAAAGCUAAAGGGAAACCAGAAGCUUUGUUGGAAGAUUAUGUUAUACCUCCAGUUAGAAUAACACGAGCAAGAUUAAAAUCAUCCAGUAGUAGCCAUUUCAAGGCAAACGAGAAUACAAGUACAUUUGGUAGUAUGGGUUCACUUUUAAGUCAUUCUAUUUCAACAUUUUUAAAGAAAAAGGCACAGGCGUCAGGAACAAGUUCCUCCUAUUUUAGUAAAUUUAAUAACAAAUCUGCUAUGAUCGUGCCUUGUCCUAGUUAUUCUGAAAAGACAAAUACAACAAGUCAUAGUCUCUUUGGUCGUUCAAUGAGUCGAUUCAAUAAUGUGUCAUCCACUCGACUACCUGCUUACAACUAUCAACAACCUCCCUUUCCAAAGAAAUAUAAUUUUGAAAAUAACUCAACAACCAAGAAGAUAACACAACCACCUACACGAUUAAUGAAUCCUCUUAAUAUAAAUAAUCGUAUCACUUCAUUAACUAAGCCGCCACUUAAGCCUUCUCAUUCUCAUUUUCAUCCUCCUCCUCUUCCUCAUCCUCCUCCUCCUCUAUUAACCCCCUUAUCGACACAUCAUAAACCACUUAUAUCUCCAAUACCUAAAUCAAGUACAAGCACACCUAGUAGUAGACUCUUUUUUGGUCGUAGUGGUAGUAUGUUUAAUCUUACAAGUCAACAUCGUGAAUCAAAUAAUACAGCACUUGAAUAUAUGACAAGCAUUUUACCCCAAGUAGAUAUAAGCAUAUUACAAGAUGCUUUAAAUGAGGCUAAAGGGGAUACAAUGACAGCCAUUUCCAUUGCAGUUAGUCAGAAAAAACAUAACUUAACAAUAG